ACUGGUGAUAAAGUAUGGAAUGAAGUUGCUGAACAUUCACAGGAGUUCAUUCAAGAGUAUUUGGAGGAAUUCCCUAAUGUAAAAAACAAGAGGAAUCAGAAAGAAAUAGGAAUCAGACUGUAAAACAAGUAGUGCAAGGAGCACAGGGUUCAACCAGAUCGUCUUCAGGUGGACAAAGUUUGUCUCAAACUAGCAGCCAGGUUGAGCAGAACACUUCAAGAGAAUCUGACACAACAGCAAACAAAGCGUCAAGAACAUCAACAAACAACACUACAUUAUCUACAAGGGAUACUACUCGCCCAUCAAGAGAACCUGGAAUCAAACUAAGUACAAGCAAACAUACGAUAGGAACUAAUACAUCCAGCAUUACACCMAGCAUUACACCAUUAUCAAACACAACAACACAUAAAACAAUAGGUACAAACACCAACAGGAGCACAGCACCUAGAACUAUACUACCAAGCAACCAAGGAAUACACAUGCCGACAGACACUAARAGAAUGGCGAUACUGAGAAAUAUACUACCAAGCAACCAAGGGAUGACGAACAUGACUGGUAAAGCAACUAUGAGCUUGACAAGAGCCAACAACAGUUGUUCUGUUCCAGACAGUACUGUUAGUAUUGGCUGGUCAAACUCUCCAAURAUAAACCAUACCCUUGAUGACAGCACGGCAUCCAUCAUACAAGCAAGUACCAUGAGAAAGAGAACCAYGGCAGGACUGAUUACCAAGAACAACUUCAAUCAUGUUGGUGCAAAUGUGGUGACGUUUGGUGCUGAUAGUACUGGCGUCAUGACAAGUAAAAUGGUUAAUAAUGGAGCUGUGUCAGUCAUGUCUCCUGUCAUGAAUAAACUGAGAUCUAUUGCUGAUGUUGGAAGAUACUUGACGCUAACAGGCACCAGUAACGUCACUAUUGACCAGUUCUGCUUUGAUCCUGAUAUUUCCUGCACAGAUAAACCAAUCAAUACAAAAAAUAUCCUCUUACCUGAUAUCUCCCAUGGAGCAGAAACUGUUAGUAUAUCUGUCUUGAAUGAACACGAUACCAGUUUCCCCGCGCCCAUUGACUAUAUGAGUGACAGAAUCCUAUCCGAGGGUGUCAGCAUCGUAACAGACCCAGGCUUCCUGGCUUGCUGUGACUGUACUGAUAACUGUCAGACCCGUCUGGUGACCCCCCUCCAAUGCCAUGUGAACCCACAGUCAUCGAUCUGACCAGCAGCGAUGAAGAUGAAUCCAUCAGUUUUCCUAUAGAAACCCAUAAUAAACAAUCUGCUGAUGAUGAUGGUGGUGGUGAUGAUGAUGGUGACGUUAAAAGCUCCUUCAAACCCUCCAGUUGUUUCGGAGAUCAUUUUGAUCUAUGCUUGGACAUAUCUACGGAAAGCACCGAGUCAUGUGACAUGGACCAAGACCAAGGUCACGUGACUGACACGGCAGUCUCGUCCCAGGACAUUGAUGGUUCUGCUAGUGAUGAGGAAUUACCUCACAAUAGUUGUCAUGACAACAGUGAUGUCAGAAUGGACUCAACCAAAGAAAGUGAUAAUAUGGACUUGAAUGACGAGACCUCUGAUGGAAGUCACAAGGGAGAUACAAGUACUGAUAGUAAGAAUAAUAUAGAAAUAUCGUUAGGGGCGUUAGACAAUACAAAGAAAAUCCCUGAUAGUAAUACGGAUGAGAAUCUAUCUACAGAAACACUAGCCAAGAAUGACUGUGAUGUUAAGCAUGAUAAACCAAUAUCUGAGGAGAAUGACUUGAAGGUUAACAGUGGUGAUCAUGGUAGUCAUGGUAACAGUAACCACGACAAUGAUAAAGGCAGUGAGAGUCAAAGUGAACAUGGCGAUGUAGACAGUAACCAUGACAACAGUAAAGGACAAGUUGAUAAUGAAAAGGAGGUUGCUAUUAGUGACCAGGAACUGAAUAUGGAUGUUGACGAGAAGAAAAGAGAUACAUUCAAUCACGUGACAGUCAAUCAUGAUCAGCAGUCAUCAUCGGCAUCAUCAGAUGAUAAUGUACCACCGUUGAUGUCAGCUGAUGAUUUAAGCAAACUUGCUGCUCAACUCCAUCAACCUGAUGAGGAACCUCCAAAACUAACCAAAAUGGAAUGUGGACUUCGACUGACUGACUUGAAAGAUACAAUAACAAAACUACAAUCGCGUGGUGUAGCAUUAGAUGGUGUGAGCCCCGAGACUGUCCAGGAGAGUACCUCUUCGUUUGAAGAUCUUCCUUUGUUCCCAGAAUCUUCUAGUUGUGAUGUCGAGUCAUUUCCUCCAUCUCCUGAAAGUACAGACUCUGAUUCCUCUGUUACUGAUUCCAUUGAGAAAUCUUCUGAUGGUUCUCGCCACCGCAAUGUUCGUGUUAAAAGCAAUUCUAAUGGACGUCGGGCAAGAAGGUUCAUUGUAACACUCCAGAAAAACG